AUGGAUUGUCAUGAUGUCUCCGAAGUUGAAUACUUUAAGCUUCUGAUGGAAAAGGCAAAGGAUGCACACCUCAAAGCUCAGAAGGAAGCAGGAAAGAAAGUUGCACCCUACCCCUCUCGGGAAGAGAUCUUGGCCGAGUUCCUGCCAACACUCCUUCAUCACAGGUUAUGGAAGCAAAGCAAUCCUCACACAGUUGGGACAACGCAACUCCCGGCUGCCUAUCCGCCUUGUGUCAAAUCGAGCGACAAGUUGAAGCCAAUGUUCAUUUCCGACAUGACAAUGGAGACGCACCAUCGCGGCCGCAAGAUUCUGCUGCGUGUGUGUACUGGUGUCUACCGCAUCAACGGUCUGUUGAUGGUCACCGAAGAUGAGCAGCGAAACGCGAUUCGGUUACAGCUAUACCAUCAGCCAGAUGAGGACCUCAUCCCGGCGGAGCAGCUUUUGAAGCAAGGGACGGUUCUGCUUGUCAAGGAGCCAUACUUCAAGCGAAGCCUGGACGGUAACUACACUCUUCGAGUAGACCACGUAAGUGAUGUCAUCUGGCUUGCUAGUGACGAUGACCGUGUUCCUGGCAAGUGGAGGCCACGGCUUCUCGAACUUGACAGUGUCAAGGCAAGACUACGCGGCAACGAUUUCUUCAAAAAGCACGAGCUUCCAAACGCCUUGGAACAAUACACUUGGGCAGUCAAGACAGCUGAAGAUCCUGUUGAUGCUCAGCUGGCGUACGUCAACCGCUCCCUUAUCAACUUUCGGCUCGGAAGGCCCGAAAUGGCACUCAAGGACGCCAUCGCCAUGAGUUCCAAGCUUCAGCAGACUGAAAAGGGGGCUUUUCGCGAGGCAACGUGCCUGUACAGCCUGCAAAGGUUUGAAGAAUGUUUGUCCAAGUUGCAGAGUCUCCGUGACUUAUACCCCAACAACGACGAUGUUCGAGUCGAGAUACAAAAGGUGACAGCCAGACUGAAGGAAUGCAAUGACGGCAUCUAUGACUGGCAAGAGAUGCAUCGACAGGCCAAGAGCUCACCGCCGCUCAUUGACUGUGGCACAUUCUCCAAGAAUGUCAAGGUUCAAGCUUCGCCUGGAAAGGGACGCGGCCUUUUCACAACCAAGCCAGUCGUCGCCGGUGAGCUGUUGCUCUGCGAAAAGGCCUUCGCCUACAGUUUUGCCGAUACGGAUGACAAAACAGAGUCUUCCCUGGCCAUCCUUCUCAACUUUCAGACCAUGACGGCCAAGGCAGGCGGCCAAGCCCAAAACCUGACUCAAAUCGUACAAAAGCUGUACCAUGCUCCAGAGGCUGCCGCUUCCUUUCUGGACCUGCAUUGCGGAGAGUACCCGGCACCACAGCGGGGUCUGACGGUCGAUUUCAUGCCCGUCGUCGACACUUUUCUCGUCGCCGAGACCAUUGCGAUGAAUUCCUUUUGCGCGCCAAGAUCGACACUCGAGCUCUUGAAUCCAGCACUGCUGCAUGGCGAAAGCAUAAGCAAUGAAAAGAGAGCGUUUGGAACCAGUGGGAUAUGGAACUUUAUCGGAGACAUGAUGGUGAUUCGUGCCACGGAGGAUCUGCCCGCCGGCACUGAGCUCAAGUUCGCCUACCUUGACCUGGACCGGAUCGCGUCCUAUGGAGAAGCUCAAAAGAAGCUUGCCCAUUGGAAAUUCUCUUGCGACUGCUACUUGUGCAAGAUGCAGAAAAAGACGGUCGAUGCGGACAGGAGGCUGCGCAAGGCUCAUCUGCGGACCUUGCGGGAGCUCUUGGAUAGGCCCGUGCCAAUCAACAUGAAUCAAGCGCGACGGCUUCUGAAGCAGAUUGACAAGACGUUCAACAAGUCUGGCCAAAAGAAACUCAAGCUCGAGCUCCAGGAAGGAUAUCUUCGUCUUGGUCAGGCAUUAUUCGUCCGAGGCAACUUUGUCGAAGCCACACCGAUGCUGCUUCGUGCACUGGAGCUUGGAGAUUUCGUUCUUUCCGGUCUCUCAUCAAGCGGUCCCCAAGAUCUAGCAGUGAUUGAGAUUCAGAAAUGGGGUUCUGAAAGUGCAGUGUCGUGCUGCGCCAUUCGAGACCUUUACCGGGUCUGUGUCAAGUCGGCAGUAACCCCUUUGGCGCUUGAUCGGUUCAAAAACAUGCGGCAGUAUGCCAUAAUUGCGUAUUCACUCGUCAUUGGAGAGAGCGAGACGUUUGCCAGCAUGAUGCUGGAUGAUUGA